AUGACAAAGACACCGGUCAGCAACGGAGCCGCAAGCUGUUCUACUCGGAGGUCAUCACAGCGCGUCAGAUUAGGUUCCAGCGGACGAUACCGACAGCUGGAGUUCAGAAUCGGAAAUUUUAACACGUCUUCGAUCAAAAGAAAAGAUCAACAGUUAGCUGAUGGGUACCAACUCAACAUAGUUGGACACUCGUCAGCGAAGCGCCAGGGCUCUGGAAUUCUGAACCACCGCGGGUUGAAGCUAUCCUACUGCUUUGCAAUCAUUAAAUGGAAGCCUGCCAGCGGAAGUGUGGCAAUCCUCCGACUGAAGCCACAACACGCUAAAACGUUGACCUUGAUACAGGUCUAUGCGCCCAAUUUGGAGGGAGAAUAUGAGACCUUCCUUGAGGAAGUGCAGUGUGCUCUGUCCGAAAUGCCGACAAAGGGCUCCAUCAUUCUCAUGGGCAAUUUUAAUGUGCAUGUCCGAGUAGUCGCUGAAAAGUAG